AAGAACAGCGACGAAGAUGGAGGCAGGCAGAGAGGAGGAGGAGGAGCGAGGAGGAAGAGGGAGUACGUUCCCCAGAGGAGGUCUGGAGGCCACGCCGUCCUGCUGGCCCUGUACCGACAGUCGCAGAUCCCGGGCGGCAGAUCCUUCAUGAUGAAGAUGGAGCUGCAGGCGGAGGCUCAGCCUCUCUGUGACAAGUCCUUCACGGUGCCCGACCCGGGCAGCAAAUACACUGCCUGGUCCUCGGUCGGCACCCUGAUCCAGAAGAACCUGCUCCUGAAGACUCACAGUCCGGCACGGUACUCGCUCACAGACGAAGGGCUGGCGCUGGCCCGACGGCUGGCCGCCGUGGAGGAGGAGGCGGGGCCAGGGGGUGGUGGAGAAGACGGGAGGAGCGAGGAGGAGGACCACCGCGCCGGAGUGGUGGAUCUCACAGAGAGCGACGAAGACGAGAGCGUCACUCAGAGCGAAGACGUCGGUUCCUCAUCAGCAGAGCCUCAAGAUUCUAGAACUACAAGCAGAACCGCAGACGUUCUCGCUCCUGGAUCGUACGAGAUCCUCCUGUGCGUGGACUUCAUCGAGACCACGGGCGGGAGCCAGCACCGGAAGCAGGAGCUGGUGAAGGAGCUGCAGAGGAACGGCGUCCACUUCGACGUCAGGAAGCUGAACGUGGGAGACUUCCUGUGGGUGGCGCGGGAAAAGAUGGCUCCCGUUCCAGGUAAGUGACCACGGAGGCCGUCGGUGUGGAGCGGCGAU